CCAUGGUAUCAGUUUUAGCUGAGUUGGCAGCCGUAAAGUACAGACUACCAACUGCAAAAGAAAUCCCCCAUUUCUGUAACUCUCUUACCUUCUACUUUUCUUCCAUUUCCCAAUAAUUACCGGGGAAGAAGAAAGACACAACUCAACAAAAGGCCAACCCUCAUGAACUUCAUUUAUUUCAGAGGGUUGCAGCCUCUUUUCACUCUCCCACGCUAAACAACAAGAACAAACUCGUAUCACGAAGAAAAAUAUUAAUAUUUAGAAACCCUUUUGUGUAACAGGUAUUCAUCAAUUUUUUCGAAAAAAGAAAUUAAUUUUUCUCUCCUGGGUGAUUCUUCCUUUUUCUCCAUCUGAAGUAUUAGAAGCUUACUGAUCUCUUUUCUUCCGCUUACUGGACUUGGAUUCGUUUAAACAUUGACUUGCCUUUAGAAUAGUGGUUGCAGAUCUGUUGAAAGUUUUGGAGUACUACUAGCUUUGCAUGAAUGGGAGCAGUUGUUGUCUGGGAUGCUACAAUAAGCCCAAACUGAUUACCUCAGUGGAUGAUGCACAAAAAGAAUUGAGUGUUCCAGGUCGGACAACAAGGAAACCUAGCAUAUCAGAAGAUUUCUGGACCACCAGCACACUUGAUAUGGACAACAGUGCAGUUCAAUCACAAGGAAGCAUUUCAUCCAUCAGUACAUGCAACCAAACUCUUGAUCCAGGUGCUGCUGGAAGUGCAAAUAGUCCAUUGGAGUUUGUAAAUCACGGUCUUCUUCUCUGGAAUCAAACCAGGCAGCACUGGAUUGGGAAUAAAAGAUCCGAGAACGGUACACAACAGGUUCGAGAACCAAAAUUAAACACUCAUUGCCCCUGCAUGGCUAAAUCAUUCUGGCUUUGCAGUUGGAACGCAACUUACGAAACUUUACUUGGGAGCAACAAGCCAUUUCCGGAACCUAUUCCUCUUCCUGAAAUGGUAGAUUUUCUUGUGGACGUUUGGGAGCAGGAGGGUUUGUAUGACUGAGGAACAAGCAUUUGAACACUGGUUAGAUAUGAAACAAAGCUGAUUUCUAUUGUUGUAAUAUUUUUGUGGGUUGAGCUGGAAUUCUGUGUAUAACAUGUGUAACAGUCUUGUCAUAUGCUCUGACCCUUACCCUUUUCUUUUUUCCCACAUGUCAGGCCAUUUUACAUUAAUGAAAACACUAUUGACUGCCUCCAUUUUUAGAGGCAUGCAGCAAA